UUCUCCUUUUCUGUUACUUUACCAUGUAUGUAUUAUCAUUAAAAAAAAAAAACCUUUAUCAUUCUACUUACAAAUUGAUAAAUUUUUGGUAUCACAAGAAAUCUUCUCCCUUCUACUUCAUGUUUUCCUCCUCUUUUUUUUUUUUUUCUUCACUUUCCUAUUCUUGUAAAUUUUUAUUUUUUAUUAAUUUUUUUUAAUUUUGUGUAUUUAUUGAUCAUUGAAUAAAGUAGCAGGUCUUAUUGUUUAGUUUCUCUCGGGAGUAAUACCAUGCUAAAUCUGAGUUCCUCUUAGAUUUCUUCGGUUGUAUUCCUCUUAUCAGUACUAAUGUGGAUAAAUGGUUACACUUUUUUGAAAAUGAGAGGAAGAUUCACAUUUUGUAAUCACUAAUGUUGGGGUUUGGAUUUUUGUUGUACUGGUUUUGAUUUUUUGAAGCUUCGAAUUUUUCAAUGUUAUUUUUAUGUUACUAAUGGAGAUUUAGCGGGAUAUUGACGUUUUUUUACCUUCUUUUGAUGUAAUGAUUCAACUAGAACUAUUGUGUUUAUAGAUGACUAUACUAUUUCUAAUUGUCACCAGUUAUAAAAGAGCACCGUAUUGCGGUGAAAAAUGUAACUCUUUUGUGAAACUUAUUUGUUCUAGUGACCGAUGGUGACAAUGGUGAAAUUUAUUUGUACAUGAGAAGAAAACAAGAACUCAGUUUUAUAUUAUGUAAUAUCUAUGUUUCAGUAUAUAUGCUCAGUUUAAUAAUGAUUUUGCAAUUUUUAAAUGACAAAUAGGUGUCUAUGGAUCCUCAACAAUUGUGCGAUCUCGAAUGCUUUAUCAUCCUUGAGGAGAUUAUGGUGCAUUCAUAUGUUGUCUUUAUUUGUCUUUUUAUGGCUAUUUACAACAUAAUUUUAAGAAGACAAUCUAGAUAUAGACGGGUCACUCGAUAUAGUGGUGCUUGUAAUUUUUAAGUUUUGUUGUCAAUUUGUGGUGCUUGUACACUUUUGGUAUGUUUUUCGUCCAUUGGAAGAUGUAGUAGCUAGUGAUAUUUUGUGAAGACAAAUAGUGAAUCUUUUUGUAUGCCUCACAUUGCUGUUUGUGGAGACAAUUCACCUUAAUGUAUAUCUAACAAUAUCUUUUUGAAGACAAGUAGUGAAUCUUUAUGUAUGCUUUUACUUCUUUUUUUAAUAUAAGCAGUGUAUCUAUGAGUUAGUCUCACAAUAUUAGUUUUCCUGAACAAUUUAGUUGUAUUUUUUUUUUUGGUGAUGGAUAAAAUAUUUAUAAGUGAGUCAUAAGUUAAGUGACUUCACAUCUUCUUGUUAAGGUUCUUAAUUAUUUGAUUGCAAAUAGCAAAUACUUGCUUAUUUCUUACUAUGUUGUUUAUUUGAUCAGCUUUGGUCAAUAUCAUAUUGACGGAAUGAGUAAUCACACAUCAUCUUCUGACCAAGCAUCAAAAAGGUCGAGCCGAGCAACACCUCAGAGCCGAAGGUCAUGGACACUAGAAGAAGAAUGCACUCUUAUUGAUGGUUUAAAGGAUUUGUGUGUCAAGGGUUGGAAAGCGGAUAAUGGCACCUUUAGGCCUGGAUACAUGACGGAAUUGGAGCUUUAUUUAAACAAAAUCCAUCCUAAUUGUGGAUUGAAAUCUCAACCACAUAUUAAUUCUAAAAUGAAAAUAUGGAAGAAGGAUUACGGGACUAUAGCUUUAUUAAAAAGUCGUAGUGGUUUGGGCUUUCAUUAUGGUGAAGGAAGAAUUAUAGUUGAUGAUCCAAGCAAAUGGGAUGAGUUUGUUAAGGCUGAUCCAAAUGCCAAAGGAAUGCAAAACAAGACAUGGCCAUUGUUCGAGAAUUGGGAAGAAAUAUUUGGAAAAGAUAGAGCAACGGGAGAGUUUGCAGAAGGGCCGGAAGAUGCUUUUGAGGAAAUUGUUAGGAGCCAAGGUCAAGGAGUUUCUAAUGACAGGAGAUUAGGAUUUCUUAUUGAAGUUGAUGAUGAAGAUGAUGAAGAAGAUGCUAGACAUGAACCUGAUGUAGCCCCUGGAGAAGACGAAAAUGCUUAUAGACCUAGUAGAGCUUCUCAAAGUGCAGAUAAAGCUUCUGAAAGUGUAAAUACCGAACACCAACAAAACCAACAACAAGGUAAAAAUACUAGAAGCUCCUCUUCUAAUGUCAAUGAUAAAGAGAGAAGCAAAAAAAGAAAAAGAACUGUUGAAGAUGUUAACGAGACAGCUUUAAGGGAUUUAGUUGAUGUUAUGAAGGAAUUUACGGCAAAUCACAGCAAAACAAUGGGUGCUUUAAUUGACAUGUAUGGGGCGCGUGAUGAAUCUGAAAUUCGUGGAAAAGUUUUAGAUAUCCUUUCAUCCCCUACUUAUCAAGAGUUGUAUAGUCCAGAUCAACAAAUCAAAGCAUCAAUGGGGCUUACUUCUGAUGUUAGAAAAAUGGAUUUGUUCUUACGAAUGGGUGAACUUCAACGUCAAAACAUUGUGUGGAUGAUUGUCAAUGAUAUGUUUCCAAGUACAUGAAUAUCAUUGUAAGGGCUGGCCAUGGGUUGAUAUUUUUGCUAAAUUGACGACCUUCAAAAGGGUUAAUGAUUGUAUCUGUUUUUGAAGCCUUAGCUCUAUAAACUUGAUAUGUAGUCGGGAAGAGCAUGAGGAUGUAGAUGUCAAUGUUAUAUGUGUGGAUGGUUGUCAAUGAUAGGUUUCCAAGUACAUAAUAUGAUUGUACGGGCUGGCCAUGGGUUGAUAAUUUUUGCUAAAUUCAUCAUCUUCAAAAGGUUUAAUGGUUGUAUUAUAUUUUGAUGCCUCCGCUCUAUAAACUUGAUAUGUGGCGGAGAAGAGCAUGAGGAUGCAAAUGUAAAUAUUAUAUAUGAAUGCUAAUCAUGUAUUUUGAACUUUUCUUAUGGUAUGGUAUUUUGUGUAUGUUUCUACAAA